UAUUACAUAAUUUUAUUUCUUUAAAAAAUUUUGCUAUAUUAAAUUAAAGAACACGGUUUGCCUUCAGUGACAUCAUGGACGAUGAUAUUGAUGAUAAAGAUGAUACAAAACGAAAAUCGCGUAAUCUCAGCGAAAAGAAACGCAGGGAUCAAUUUAACAUGCUUGUAAAUGAGCUCGGUAGUAUGGUUAGUGCAAAUGCGCGAAAAAUGGAUAAAUCUACGGUGUUGAAGUCGACAAUUCUAUUUUUAAAGAACCAUAAUGAGAUAGCAGUUAGAUCGAGAGUCCAUGAGAUUCAAGAAGACUGGAAACCGUCUUUUCUCUCUAAUGAAGAAUUUACUCAUCUUAUAUUAGAGGCGUUGGAUGGAUUUAUAAUGGUUUUUUCUUCGAAUGGACAUAUUUAUUACGUCUCUGAAAGUGUUACGUCUUUGCUUGGGUAUCUUCCAAAUGAAUUAGAAAACACGUCCAUUUACGAUAUAACAUAUCAAGAAGAUCAACCGCAUUUAUAUAAUGUUUUAUUGAAUCCCGGAAGCACACGAGACAGACAUAGUAUAAAAAAAGAGGAUCAAAUUUCUUUUACGUGUCAUAUCAAAAGGGGCGGACUCGAUUUUCGGGAAGAAUCUAUCUAUGAACUUGUACAGUUUAUCGGAUACUUUCGUUCUGCUAUGGAUAGCGAUGUUGACAAUCUAUUGCCAAGUCAGAAACUUAGUAAUACUAGCGGAUCAGAUAACAAAUUGGUUUUCGUGGGUACGGGACGUUUGCAAACUCCUCAGCUUAUCCGAGAAUUAUCCGUGACAGAUAGUACGAAGUCAGAAUUCACAUCUCGUCAUAGUCUCGAAUGGAAAUUUCUAUUUUUGGAUCACAGAGCUCCGCCCAUUAUCGGAUAUCUGCCUUUUGAAGUUUUAGGCACUUCUGGUUACGAUUAUUAUCAUGUAGAUGAUUUAGACAAUGUAGUUACGUGCCAUGAAUCACUAAUGCAGAAAGGCGAAGGAACGUCUUGUUACUAUAGAUUCCUCACGAAAGGUCAGCAAUGGAUUUGGUUGCAGACUAGAUUCUACAUUACCUACAAUCAGUGGAAUUCAAAACCUGAAUUCAUCGUGUGCACGCAUUACGUGAUCAGUUAUGUCGAUGUAAUAAAAAAAUUGCGUGCAGAAUUGGGGAAUUAUAACAAAACACAAAAUCAAGAUAUUUUACUGCCUGCAAAACAAGUGGCAUCUUGUCAAUCACCGUUAACGCAAUGGUCAACCAAAUCAUCGAGAACAUCGAAGUCAAUCACAGUCGCUUCUAAUCUCCGACAUCGCGGUGAUGGUUCCAAUACGUCCUCAAUAUCUGUCUCAUUACGAAGUUCACCACACUCGCAAAUAACGCAUGGAUCGAGAUCGAACGCAGCUUCUGCAAGCAGUUCUGUUGUGUCAAAACAAAUAGCUUCGGUUGACAGUAGGCAACAGCAACAAGCACAACAACAGCAGCAGCUACAGCAACAGCCACAACAUCAACUUGAUGUUAAUCAGUCAUGUAUUAAUUUUAUGGAUCCUACGCAAUACGCAACGGUUAAUUUGCAAUCGGUAGUUACAACCGAGUUUGCAACGCCUGCUGCUCCAAUUCUGUCAACUGUACCUACUCAUGAGAUGUUGCAUCAGCAAGGUAUAGUAAUGACUCCUGCGCAAAAUCAAAUACAGGAUGAAUUGCAACGGAAGCAUGAAGAGCUACAGCAAUUAAUUGUUCAUCAGCAGGAAGAAUUAAGAAGGGUUUCAGAACAAUUGUUUAUCGCUCGAUAUGGGAUUCUCACGCCAUUAUUGAAUGCUGGUAUACCAUAUAAUCCAUCAAAUUCGUGUCAACAAGCAAAUCGGUGUAAUGCCAAUAAUACUAACGUGCAGUUGCCCACAUCCAACAGCGUACAAGACGUGAAUGUGCUUCCUAUACCAAUCACCGUGCCAGUGCCUAUAGUGUCUACGGAAUUAUUUUCGCAUUCCUUACAAGUGAAUCCGUCACCAGGCUCGACGCAUGUCAAUGUGGGCGCUAUAAUUCAAACCCAACAGCAACAGCAACACUCGCAAUUGCAACAGCAGCAACAGCAACAACAACAACAACAACAACAACAACAACAACAACAACAACAACAGGGGUCAUCGCAACAGGAAGGUAGCAAUUCUAGUCUCGGUCUCGUGCCUUUCCAGAUCUGUCUACAACAGGCCGAGAUGAUCUACAGUAACAUGGAGACGUCCUCAAAUCAACAACAGAGAUCAUCGCAAAAUUAAAAAAGACUUUUUUUUAUUUUUAAUAUUUUAACUGUA